AUGAGUUUCUGGAAACGGUGGUCAACUGAAUACCUAACUGCACUCCGAGAAAGACAUCAAACGACUAUUUCCGGGGUAAGAGAUAAUAUUAUACAAGUUGGUGAUGUCGUUCUCGUUCAUAAUGACAUUGAUAAACGCGUACGAUGGAAAUUAGCUACUGUUAUAAAACUUGUGUAUGGAAAUGAUGGCCUAGUGAGAUCAGCAGAAAUAAAAACCUCAUCUGGUAUGACAAAUCGUCCUAUCCACAAACUGUAUCCACUUGAGGUGAAGACACCCACUCCUUCAGAUGAAGAGAGUCCACCACGAGACACAGAACCACUCUCGUUGUCACAUGGAGGUGAAAAUAGAGAUGACACAACGCAACAAAGUGAUACUGAUGCUAGACAUUCUCGCCCAAAACGACGGGCUGCCACUGCGGCUAGACAUUUUAUACAAGAUCGUCUCAAGGACUUGUGA